AAGAAAACAGUUCUCCCAAAAGAAACUCUAGUAGCAUUGUCAUAGAAUCGUGUGUUUCUGCAAACUCUUGGAACCAUGGCGGCGCUGGUUGCGCGCAUGUUGAAGACCCAGAAACGCUCCUUUCUUCCUCACAUCACCAACACCAUCUCGUCGUCUUCGUCACCUUUCAUUCUCCCAACUGUGUCGCAAGUGAGACUGCUAGGAAAUGCUGCAGAAGGUGUAUGUGGGUUUGAUGAGAUGGUGGCAGGGGACCAGAGGAAAUAUUAUUUGCUUGGUGGGAAAGGAGGGGUUGGGAAAACAAGCUGUGCUGCUUCUCUAGCUGUCAAAUUUGCAAAUGAAGGACAUCCCACUAUGGUGGUAUCAACUGACCCUGCUCACUCCUUAAGUGACUCUUUUGCCCAGGAUUUGACAGGGGGCAGGCUUGUUCCAAUUCAAGGAUUGAAUUCUCCAUUAUAUGCUCUUGAGAUAAACCCUGAGAGAUCUAUGGAAGAGUUCAGUGCAGCUAGUCAAAAACUUGGUGGUGGGGGCAUUAAGACUCUAAUGCAAAGCAUGGGGCUUGGAAUGAUUGCUGACCAGCUAGGGGAUCUCAAGCUAGAAGAGCUAUUGACCACUCCUCCCCUGGGAACGGAUGAGAUUGUUGCUGUGUCUAAGGUCAUGCAAUUUCUUGAGUCACCAGAAUAUAAUAUGUUCAACCGGAUAGUUUUUGAUACAGCGCCAACGGGCCAUACACUUCGGCUACUGUCACUUCCUGACUUCUUGGAUGGAUCUAUUGGCAAAGUUAUGAAGUUGAAGAGAAAAUUGGGUUCCACCUUCAAAUCUUUGCUGGGAAAAGAAGAACCUCAAAAUGAUAAAUCAGAUGAACUUGGGAAGCUUAAGGAGAGGGUCGCAAAAAUACGUGACCUUUUCCAUGAUCCAGACACUACUGAGUUCAUAAUAGUGACGAUUCCCACGGUUAUGGCAAUCAGUGAAUCAUCAAGGUUACACGCAUCCUUGAAGAAAGAAAAGGUACCUGUUAAGAGACUUGUCAUUAAUCAGGUCUUGCCUCAUGCAUCCGACUGCAAGUUUUGUUCAAUGAAAAGGAAGGAUCAAAUGCGUGCAAUUGAAACUAUCCACAAUGAUUCAGAACUUUCUGGUUUGAGAUUAUGCGAGGCACCCUUAGUGGAUAUGGAAAUAAGGGGUGUUCCAGCUCUCAAAUUCAUGGGGGAUAUGCUUUGGAGAUAAAACAUACACCACAGAGAAUUUAUUCAUUUCAGGGAUACGGCUCACAUAAUAGAAUCGCUUAGAAGUUUAGCAUCUCCUACGAAGAGUGUUACAUUCUUUUAAAUUUUAGAUGUUAGUAUUCCUUUUUUUCUUGUUUAAUGAAUUGGUGUGAUGGGUUCACAACUCCACACUGAUUAGUUUUUGACACAGCAUCACCGGUUGUUACAUCUAGCAAUUCAUGCAAAUGUUUAUUGGAUGAAUAGAGAAGUUUAUCGCAA